GCGGCGGCCGGAGGCGUUUCUGCUGGGGCUGCAGUCGCCGCCGCUGGGCUCCGAAACCAGCCGGACCCUAAGCCUUCCACCGCUUCCCUGCUCUGCCCCCGCUCGCCGGCUGCACCAUGAACAGAAGCAGCGGCGCUACGUCUUGCACUCCAACGGUCCCCGGCGACGGCCACAGCAGCGGGCACGGGCGCAGCGAGUGCCGUCGGGUCUGUAGCAACUGCCGGAAAGUCCUGAGGCAGGAAAAGAAAAUCAGAGUAUCUCUGCCUUUAACAAGAGGACCAAGUGCCUUUAUACCAGAGAAGGAUGUUAUGCAAGCCAAUAGUUUGAAUGAACGUAUGCAUCUGCUUGUGGAAGAAUAUUCUACAUCCGGUCGCCUAGACAACGUCACUCAGGUCAUGAGUUUACACAUUCAGUACCUGGAGUCUUUCCUCCGCAGUCAAUUUUAUAUGUUGCGUGUGGAUGGUCCUCUUCCUUUGCCUUACCGGCACUACAUAGCAAUCAUGGCUGCUGCCAGGCACCAAUGUUCCUAUCUAAUAAAUAUACACGUGGAAGAGUUCCUGAAGACUGGAGGGAUACAAGAAUGGCUGAACGGCUUAGAAUACAUUCCUCAAAGGCUGAAAAAUCUGAACGAAAUCAACAAGUUGCUUGCACACCGACCUUGGCUGGUUUCCAAAGAGCACAUUCAGAAACUUGUGAAGACAGGGGAAAAUAAUUGGUCUCUUCCUGAACUGGUGCAUGCUGUGGUCCUUUUGGCACAUUAUCACUCCCUGGCAAGUUUUGUUUUUGGCAGUGGCAUCAAUCCAGAGAGAGAUUUUGGGACCUCCAACGGCUACCGACUCAUAUCAGUUAACCACUUCUGUGUCUGUGAUCUCGCCAAUGACAACAACAUUGAAAAUGCAUCCCUCAAAAGUAACAGCUUUGGGCUCUCCGAUUCAUUAUGUGAGCUGGAGGCCUUGAUGGACAGAAUGAAGAGGCUACAAGAAGAGGACGAGACUUCCCCAGAAGAAAUGGAUACACGCUUUGAGAAAGAAAAAUCAGAGAGCCUACUAGUUGUUACUGAAGCAUUUGAUGAAGAAUUAAUUUGUGAUGUUUCCUGCUAUGUUGAAGACCCUGGGUUUGGUUACAAAGAUUUUGCAAGACGCGGGGAAGAUCAUCUUCCAACAUUUCGAGCCCAGGACUACACUUGGGAAAACCACGGAUUCUCCCUUGUGAACAGACUCUAUUCUGAUAUUGGGCAUCUCCUGGAUGAGAAAUUUCGGAUGGUCUACAACCUCACCUACAAUACCAUGGCCAGCCAUGAAGACGUGGACACCACCAUGUUAAGAAGAGCAUUAUUUAAUUAUGUUCACUGUAUGUUUGGAAUCAGAUAUGAUGACUAUGAUUAUGGCGAAGUUAAUCAACUACUUGAACGGAACCUGAAGAUUUACAUUAAGACAGUGACCUGCUACCCAGAGAGAACUACCAAGCGCAUGUACGACAGCUACUGGCGCCAGUUCAAGCACUCAGAAAAGGUCCACGUGAAUCUUCUUCUGAUGGAGGCUCGCAUGCAGGCUGAGCUGCUCUACGCCUUUCGUGCCAUCACCCGUCACUUGACCUGACGGGCCCAACGCGGCCGUCGGAGCCAAGCUUCCAAAUAAGACGAGCAGUAAAAGGCUCCCCUUCUUGGGCGGGCGUCAGGCCUAUUGGAUUCCGUAGUGUUGAAAGCUGAAGCUGUGUGUCUGGCAGCUGUUUACCGUGCAAUGACCCCUCGCUCUUCUCUCUGUCCGCCUCUCUCUUUCUUGAUGCUUAACUUUACUAGCGAUCGCAAACAUAUAACACUGUGGAACGCGUCUCCUGAAGCGGUUUCCUGUUGGAAAUAUUGCUCGCAACCCCCCUCUAAGCUGGUUUGCUAUCUCUGUGUUUUGUUUUGUUUGGUUUUUCCUUGCACUCAGAAUUAAAAACGUCUGUUUUGAGGUUCCACCUAUCGCACCCGAUCUCUCCUAUAGACGGCGUCGUACACAGGGUUUGUCCGUCUCUUCUCCCCUCUUUUCUUUUAGCUCUUUCUGGAAUAUUAACAGUCCCUUUCCCUUGGUGUACGCUAUGUUUUUAAGCUGAAUCGCUCAGUUAGCUUGUUAUUGCAUAACUCCAAGAAAUGUUUAAUUCUUCGGCGGUAGUUUGGAGGUCGUGUGGAAUGAACGCAACUAUUGUGUUUGCCUUUUUCUUUUUUCUUUCUGAAGAAAAAAAAAUGUGAAAGCAACUGCUGCAAACCCCCGCAGCGUGCUACUGACAACACAGCAUUGGAAGACAAUUUCCUGAAGUGCAGUGGUUCUUCCCCCUUAUCCAUUUCAACUGUACAGGUUGAGGGACGGCCUGCCCUCUUUGGCCCUGUGAUUGUGUCGCUUCUCCCAGUGCGUGGAGGUUCUUGGCAACCCAGUUUUAACUUGGCAUGUGGGGAUUUUUUCUUCUUUUUUUUAACCAAGUCACUUUGUAACUUUUAACUGGUGCGUGAAUCAGGAAGCAGUGCACCGUGUGCAUGUUCAACACACACCUGCCUGAUCAAAAGGGAGAAAAUGACCUACACAAGUUAAGUCGGUUUGGUCCAAAUAGGAAAGUUUGGGGUUUGUGUUAACUCCCUAUCACCAGAGAGUUGAGGCCAGCCCUGUUCCUUCUCCUCUUCAGUUUCCCCAACCCUGUGCCCCUUCGCAUAGAUUCUUUCACGGAUCUGUAGUGGCGUCCCUAAGAGUUUUAUGUUACGCUGCCUUCCAUUGGGUGAAAGAUCGUUGUUCUGUCUUGCCCAUUACUGUGAGUUCUGGUGGGCAGUUGCUCCACCAGAAUCUCAGGUAGGGCUGCGUUAAAAUUCCCUCAUACAGUAGCUUGAGAUCCUUUCUCUUGAGACGCCACCCACCCCUUCCACAAGCAGAGAAAGUGCUUUCGUGAAGUUACACCUUUCUUCCAUUCCUGUUUUCUUUUCUUUCUUUCUUUUUAAUAUAUAUAUAUAUAUAGAAGAGU